AGUCAGCCGUGGCAUCACGGCUAACGAAGGACCUCAAAGCUUCCACACCGGCUCCAAACGUCCAGAAGAACUCCAAAAAGCGGCACCAUGACGACCGACAAGAAGAACCUGCUGCACUUCUUCCAGCGGCCCACAGAGCCAUGCUUCAUGCCCAAGGGUACGGAGAACGUCGCGCUGCAGCUGCCGCGAGAGUUCUUCACGGACAAGUACAAGCCAUCCAGCGCCACGCUGAGCCAGCGCUUCGGAGAUGGAGCCACGUCACUACCCAUCCGGAACAUCGCCAUACCCAACCUGUCCCUGCCUAUGGAGCUGCCCUACAACGCGCAGUUCUCGCUCUUCGUCCCCAAGCACCGCAAGAUGGCCGGCAAGCUCAUCGACGUCUUCAUGAACAUGCGCAACGUGGAGGAUCUGAUGUCCAUCUGCGCGUACUGCCAGAUGAGGAUCAACCCCUACAUGUUCAACUACUGCCUCUCGGUGGCCAUCCUCCACAGAGAGGACACUAAGGGCCUAAACAUCCCAACCUUCGCCGAAACCUUCCCUGACAAGUUCAUGGACCCCAAGGUCUUCCGCAAGGCCCGCGAGGUCGCCAAUGUCGUACCAAAGGACAUUAGGUUCCCUGUGGUGAUCCCGCAAAACUAUACCGCGUCUGACGCGGAGCCGGAACAGCGCGUGGCUUACUUCCGCGAGGACAUCGGCAUCAACCUCCACCACUGGCACUGGCAUCUGGUGUACCCCUUCACCGCCGCCGACCGCUCCAUCGUCAACAAGGACAGGCGCGGCGAACUCUUCUACUACAUGCACCAGCAGAUCGUCGCAAGAUACACCGUAGAACGUUGGUGCAACGGUCUAUCCAAAGCUGAGCCAUUCAGGAACUUCCGUCAGCCCAUCAAUGAGGGAUACUUCCCCAAACUGGACUCUCAGGUUGCCAGCAGGGCUUGGCCACCUAGGUUUGCUGGUACCGCUCUGAGGGACUUGGACCGUGCUGUCGAUCUUAUCAGAGCUGACAUCAAUGAGUUGGAGACAUCUAGAGACCGUUUCCUGGAGGCUAUUAGAGACAUGGCCAUUGUUAUGCCUAAUGGCAGCAAAAUGCCUUUGGACGAGGAGACAGGUAUCGACGUGCUGGGCAACCUAAUGGAAGCCUCCAUCAUCAGCCGCAACCCCGGCUACUACGGAGAUCUCCACAACAUGGGACACGUCUUCAUCUCCUACUCCCAUGACCCUGACAACAGGAAUUUGGAACAAUUCGGAGUGAUGGGUGACUCGUCCACCGCCAUGAGAGAUCCGAUCUUCUACCGCUGGCACGCGUACGUCGACGAAAUCUUCCAGCAAUACAAGAACAAACUUCCGCCUUACCCUAAGAACAAGUUGGACUACCCCGGAGUCCGCGUGAUGUCCGUGGGCGUCCGCGCUCCUCGUGGCAACAACGUGUUCAGCACCCAGUGGGAGCAGAGCACCAUGGAGCUGGGCAGAGGUCUGGACUUCACGCCCAGAGAGAGCGUGCUGGCCCGCUUCACACAUCUGCAACACGACGAGUUCGAAUACCAAAUCGAGGUGAACAACACGACGGGACGCGGCAUAAUGGGCACGGUGCGCAUCUUCCUCGGGCCCGUGCAGGACGAGCAGGGCCGCCGCCUGCCCUUCGACGAGCAGCGCCGGCUCAUGAUCGAGCUGGACAAGUUCACGACGCCGCUGUCCGCCGGCAGCAACACCGUCACGCGCAAGAGCUCCGACUCCGCCGUCACCAUCCCGUACGAGAGGACCUUCCGAGACCAGAGCCGCCGCACCGGAGACCCGGGAUCCGCCGAGGCCGCCGAGUUCGACUUCUGCGGCUGCGGCUGGCCGCACCACAUGCUGCUGCCCAAGGGCACGGAGUCCGGCUACCCCGUCGUGCUCUUCGCCAUGGUCUCCGACUGGAGCCAGGACCAGAUCACCCAGGAGCUAGUGGGCUCGUGCAACGACGCCGCCUCCUACUGCGGCAUCCGCGACCGCAAGUACCCCGACCGCCGUCACAUGGGGUACCCGUUCGACCGCCCCGCCGACUCCAACGUCGGCUCCAUCUCCGACUUCCUCACGCCCAACAUGAACGUCCAGCAGUGCACCAUCCGCUUCACCAACGCUACUCGCGUGCGCGGCCAGAGCAAGUAAACGUCGGUCCCCAAACAUUUCAACAAAAUGUCAGAUCAACUCUGAAGAACAAAACGACACGGCUAGUUUUAUGGACUCGAUAUUAGUUUAUUUAUAAUUGUAAUGGGUCACUUAGCUUAGUUCUGUAAAUAUUGUACAUAGUAAUAAGACGUAUAAUUUAGAAAUUAAAUAAACCAGCCUUU